AUGAAUCCUUAUUCCUUUCCCCAACAGCGGCUCAGAAGAGUCAUGAGGGAUCCGUCCAAGACACCCUUGCUUUUGGUAGCCUGUGGUUCUUUUUCACCUAUAACCUACCUGCACCUGCGCAUGUUUGAGAUGGCCGCCGACUACGCCAAGUUCAACACCGAAUUUGAAAUCAUUGGUGGCUACUUGUCUCCAGUAUCGGAUGCAUACAAAAAGGCUGGAUUGGCUAGUGCUGAACAUCGUGUUCGAAUGUGUGAGCUCGCUGUCGAUCAGACCUCAAAUUGGCUCAUGGUGGACCCUUGGGAAGCAAGCCAGAAGGAGUAUCAGCCCACUGCCCUUGUGCUCGACCAUUUCGAGCAUGAAAUCAAUGAGGUUCUUGGUGGUGUCGAGACUGAAGACGGGCAACAGAAACAUGUCCAGAUUUCACUCCUCGCCGGUGCCGACCUGAUCCAGACCAUGUCGACCCCCGGCGUGUGGAGCGACAAGGAUUUGGAUCACAUUCUUGGGCGUUAUGGCACCUUCAUCGUAGAGCGCACCGGCACAGAUAUUGACGAUGCAUUGGCGAGCCUUCAACAAUGGAAGGAGAACAUUUGGGUCAUUCAGCAACUCAUUCAAAAUGACGUGAGCAGUACCAAAAUCCGUUUGUUCCUCCGAAGAGAAAUGAGCGUGCAAUACCUGAUCCCCGCUCCGGUGAUCAAGUACAUUGAAGAGAAUGGCUUGUACGAAGACGAUUCGGCAGCAUCUCACGAUAAGCUUGAUGUCAAAGGAAAGCAAUCAGCAAGGAGCUCCCGAUCCGCGACCCCGAGAUGA